AUGAAUGCAUGGUCAGGGGACGAUUGUGACACCAUGGGACCAACGGUCACUCGAGCAGCGAGUGCCACCUCUACAAUGACGCAUCUAAAGAACGGAAAUGAGUUACGUGAAUCUGGAUAUUUAAUUGACGUUGGCUCCAGAACAGCCAGGUUCAGAAGAAGGCAUAAAAAUAAAAUAUCAAUUCUAAUUUUACUUAUAAUUCUAUUAUUUUUAUUAAUUUUAGCGAUCACAAUGAUAGCAUUAUACGUAAAACAGAAACAUCACAAGCCUAUAGCAAGAUGCGAAAGUAAGGAAUGUCUCAGGUCAGCAGCAAACCUCGCGCUGUCUAUGGACACCACAGCUGAUCCUUGCGAUGAUUUUUAUCAGUAUGUUUGCGGUAAUUGGGCGAAAGAGCAUCCCCGACCUGAUGCGUUCCACUCGUACGACUGGUUUAGAGAUAAGCAGACUAAGGUGUACGCGACAGUGCGUGACUUUCUUAACCAAAACACAACCAAUGCUCCUCGACCGGUGAAACAGGCCAAAGACCUAUACGCUGCUUGUAUGGAUAUAGAGACGUUGGACAAAAGAGGCCUCAAACCAGUUUUAGCAGUGUUGGAAUCGCUGGGCUUGCCUCCCUAUCCGACGAUUAUUAAUGCCACUACAGGUGUAGAUUAUUCUAUGUAUACAUUUGAUUGGCUAGAGACUGUUAUAAAAAUCAAGACACAAUUGGGUAUGGACGUAUUAAUUGGCUUUGAUAUAUUUACUGAUCCUAGGAAUUCCUCAGUAUAUAGACUUGUAAUGGGAUCUCCUGAAACCACUAAUCCAUUCCCAAGUAUGCGUAAUGAGAAGAAGCGACACAGUGGGCAAAAGAAUUUUAUAAGAAACAAAAUAGAGAAAUAUAAAAAAGAUAAUAUUCACAUAUACGAUAAGUAUAGAGUCAACCACGAUGCGGACGAAGACAAAGACAAAGAGGAAAAAAUUGCUCAUGUAUACAAAUUGUUCUAUGCUGAACUCAUGAAGUUUUUUGUAAUUGAAGUACAAGCAAAAGAUUUAAAUUUAACCGAAGUAGAAUUGGAUCAGAAUAUUUUUCUCUCUUCUGAUGAAUAUAACAAAAUGAACGACGAUAUGUAUGAGCUAGAAGCUGAAAAUAAUACCUCAAGCGACGACGAUGAAUACCUUAGUGUUCCUGAAUAUACUGUAUAUGAAAUUCAAACACACACCGAUAUGAUUGUUAAAGAUAACAACGGAACCGUUUUCCCAAUCUGGAAAAGAUAUUUGGAGGGUGUAUUUAAUAUAAGCAAUGUAACUUUAGAUUACGAUACCGACAAAAUUUUAAUUUCUGAUCCUGAUUUGGUAUACAUAUCACUAAUGGCGGCUUAUAUAUCAAAAGCUUCACCGAUACUAGUUGAACUCUAUGUUUGGAUAAAGGUGGUUGAAGUAAUGGCAGCUCACACAACAACAGAGUUACGAAUACUACUCCAGAGAUCUUACGAAGCCCUAGGAAAACCUGAUUCGUACAAGUUACCGCGCAGCCAGCUUUGUGCAAGUGCAGUGAACGACAUGCUUGGAAUGGCUGUUUCGCAUGCCAUCGCUGAUUCUCGCUUUUUGAAUGUAACAAAACCGAAAAUCGAGAUUAUGCUUAAUGAUAUAAAAAAUGCACUCGCACAUCUCGUGGGUCAGGCGAAGUGGAUGGAUGACGACACGAAAUUAGCAACCUAUGAAAAAAUUAUCAAAAUGAAAACAUUGGUAGGAUUCCCUGAUUGGUUGCUAGAGUCGGCAAAGUUAGAGGAAUAUUACAAAGGAAUAGAGAUUGAUACAAAAACACAUUUAGAAAACUUGAUAAAUAUAAUACAAGUGAAAAUAAGGAAUGCUCUAAACAGGUUUAGAGAUGGUAAUAAUGGUACUUGGGCCACUGAUCCUACAGAAGUCAAUGCAUAUCAUACAUUUCAAGAAAAUACCAUAACUGUGCCUCUAGUGAUGUUACAGCACCCUUUCUUCGACUUAGGACUUGAUUCCCUAAACUACGGUUCGCUCGGUACUGUGCUUGGACAUGAAAUAACUCAUGGGUUCGAUAAUUUUGGUCGCCUGUUUGAUAAAAAUGGCAAUUUGUUACCAUGGUGGACUAAUGAUACGAUAGACUCAUUCGUCAAUAUGACAAAAUGCUUUGUCGAUCAGUACUCGGCGUAUUAUAUUCCGGAGUUAGGUGAACAUGUGGAUGGGAAAAAAACUUUAGGAGAGAAUAUUGCCGACAACGGAGGCGUGCGCGAAGCCUUGGAAGCCUUGAGGAAACAUCUUCGCAAGCAUGGCCCUGAACCAAAAUUACCCGGAUUUGAAUACAUGUCUUCUGAGCAACUAUUCUUCUUAUCCUUUGGAAAUCUUUGGUGUGGAGUAUCAACUAAAGACAACUUAAAACUAGAUCUAGAAGACGAGCAUUCGCCACAACAGUUCAGAGCUCGCGGCGCACUUCAGAAUAAUAAAGAUUUCGCCGAUGUCUGGCAUUGCCCCCCAGGAUCAGUUAUGAAUCCUAGCAAAAAAUGCAUCAUGUUU